AGCAAAUCCAAUGGAACAGUUUUCUUUAUCCGAAGUCUAUCUGACAUCCCAGAGGCUCGCUGGCCGAUAUUUCUGAUUUGCUUGCUUACUUAUUUUAGCAUCAUGUUUGGGAACUUAACCAUAUUUACUAUUAUUUUAGGAAAUCCUAAUUUGCACACCCCCAUGUAUAUAUUUUUGAUGAACCUUUCAGCUGCAGACAUCAUAUAUGCUUCAAAUAUUUUACCAAACAUAAUGAAUAUGUUGGUCACAUUCUACGAUGUUAUUUCUUUUGCUGGAUGCAUGAUCCAGAUGUAUUUCUACAUAGCACUGACAUGUACACAGGUACUUCUACUGGAGGUCAUGGCUUAUGAUCGAUAUUUAGCAAUCUGCCAUCCACUGAAAUAUUUUUUAUUGAUGAGUUUAGUUCAGUGUACAGGACUUGCUACUCUGGCAUGGACUUUUAGUUUUGUAAUUACAAUAGGGCAUAUUGUAUUAAUCUCUAAAUUGUCCUUUUGUGGCAGGCGAUUUAUUAAUCAUUUUUACUGUGAUAUUGCCCCUAUACUGAAGCUUGCUUGCAGCAGUACAUUAGAUGUCGAGAUUAUGAAUUAUAUAGAAGGUGUUCUUAUAACUUUUAAUGCUUUCCUGUUAACCAUAAUAUCUUACAUAUUUAUUAUAUCCAACAUUCUAAAGAUUAAAACUUCUGAAGGUCAACAUAAAGCUUUUUCUACUUGUUCCUCCCACCUAACCUGUGUUAUUAUUUUCUAUGGGACAUUAUUUUGUUUGUACAUGAGACCCACAUCAAGCUAUUCUCCAGAAAGGGACAAGUUUUUUGCUCUUUUGUCUGGUGUAAUAAUUCCUAUAUUAAACCCUAUAAUAUAUAGUUUGAAAAAUCAGGAAAUUAAAGUUGGGGCCAAAAAUCUUAGGCGAAAAAUAAUGUAUUAA